CACGCAGGUCUCCAGCCAUGGGGAGUCCCGGGGAGCCGCUGAGCCGCUUCUGGCGCUGGUACAUCUACGCCAUCCACGGCUACUUCUCGGAAGUCAUGUUCACGGCCGCGUGGUCCUUUGCGGUCGACCGGGACUGGAAGUUCCAGGGGGUGACCAGCGUUUGGGCCCUCUUCAUCUACGGGACCUGCGGCCUGGCCCUCGAGCGCCUGUACGUCCUGCUCAAGGGCCGCAGCUUCCUGGUGACCCGCUGCGCCAUCUACACCCUCUGCAUCUACCUCUGGGAGUUCUCCACCGGCUACGCGCUGCGGCGAUUCGGCGCCUGCCCCUGGGACUACAGCCACUACCGCUACAACUUCAUGGGCCUCGUCACCCUGGAGUACUGCCUCUUCUGGUUCGUCGGCGCCCUGCUGCUGGAGAAAAUCGUCAUCCGCAACGCCCUGCGGCUCAGGCUGGACGCGGCCGGCAGCACCCAAGGGCGCCCUUUCCCCAGGUUCGAACUGAAAGACGACUGAGUCCGGGGUAACUCAGGGAAGAAUGAGAACCUGGGAGGUCAAGAUCCCGGACAGUGACACCCCAUCCUUUUCUUCCUCUGGACAAAUCGACGGAAGGGACGGCUAUUGGGGGCCACCACCCAUGAUGGCCGCGCUCUGCCUCCACGGCCGGAAGCCGCAGGCGGGGAGAGUUGUCCUCGCACUCAGGUCCCACUUCUGGGUUUCUGGAGGGCCUCU